GAGGUAACAAUCAAAUAAUUACACUUGAGUCUCUAUUUAUCUCUUCUCUUUCAUACCAUCCCCAAAAGUAGACCAAAGAUAAACACAAAGCCCCCACCACUUGUUCUUUAUAGUAUUGUACCCUCCAUCUUCCCAAUCAGAAAGUCUCAGAAUUCACAAUUAGCGCUUCCAAGAAUUUGAUGAAGAAGGCUGCAGGGAAGAGAAUAAUUUUUAUCAUUCAAUUUGCACUUGAAUUGACUUAGUCCACUGCAAAUUUCUAGUUAUUUUGCAUAACUAGCCCCAUCAUAGUAUAUUCAAAAUUUCUGCCAAGAAUUGGGUUAUAUUCUGCAAUUUCCUGCUACAAAUCAAACCCAAGAUUAGAAAUUCGAAGGUCAAGUUUGUAAAUUAUGGAGGUUUAUCAUCGUCCUUACCGGCUACUACUUGAUCCCCGUCCUGUUGUCCCACCUAGCACUACUAUAAGCAAACCACACCAUGGCUACUCAAACGAAGCAAAUUUCGACACUAAUAUGGUGAUCAUUUUAGCAGCUCUACUUUGUGCAUUAAUAUGUGCUCUUGGUCUAAAUUCAAUUGUGAAAUUAGCUUUGCGUUGUAGCCGGAGGUUUGCUUUCGAGUCAGAAAAUGCAACGGUUGCACGCUUAGCUGCGACAGGGCUGAAAAAGAGCACGCUUAGGCAACUUCCGGUGACAGUUUAUGGAUCAGGAGUUAAUAUUCCGGCAACGGAUUGUCCAAUUUGUCUUGGCGAAUUUAUGGAUGGUGAGAAAGUGAGAGUUUUGCCGAGAUGUCACCAUGGUUUUCAUGUUAAGUGUAUAGAUAUUUGGUUGGCUUUACAUUCUUCUUGUCCGACUUGCCGACAAUCGUUACUGGAACAGAACACAACGAUAUCCUCUGAUGUAGGGGAUGUUGAAACUGGAUUGAGACAACAACCUUGAACUGCUGAGGAGGUUGGUUAAUUUGCAGUACCUUUUUGUUUUAAGGGGAAAAAAAUAUACUAGAAAGGUAGGGAAUUCUCCCACGUUAAAAGAUUUGAGUUUUUUCCCCCUUACCUUCUCCCCUUGGCUCUUCUUUCAAGGUAGGGAUAAAAUGUGUGUACACAUUACCUUCCCCAUAUUUUACAUGGGGGAUUACAUUGGGUUUGUAUUGUACCCUUUACCUCUAUUUUGUGAGGGUCAGUUUUGUUCGCAUAUAUGUUAUAUUUGUGUUCUUUGUCGGAAAUACUAGGUUCAGCUGAACCGGAUUAGGACACAGACUCCAUCUGCCUCUGUUCAAAUUUGUGUGUUUGCAGGACAUUUGAUUUAUUCCAAUCUUUGUACUCGUCUUUGAGUGAAAAUUGCUUAACCUUUUGUAUGUAGACGGUGGUCGUAGCAUCACAAAUUUGCAUAUUCUAGGCUAUGUGGUGGAAUUAAGGUUUUUAGCUGUUGUGUUGACCUAUGUUGCUCCCAACUCUGCACAAAUGUUAUUGGGUGCAUGUCGGAUCCUCUAAAAGUAGUGUAUUUUUUAAGGAUUAAGUACAAGUGUAGUAGUAUUUUUAGAGAGUCUACGCAAUAUAGGUGUUAGACUGCCAAUUGGUAAUCCCAUGAUGUUGCUCUAAGAAGAUAGAAGGACCUUUUGGUGAUUUGGAUCGACUAAAGCAGAGUCCAUUCUCCUUUCUGUUGGGUUCUUGCAAUUGCAAAAGCAGAAGGGAAUUAAUGAAUGCUAUUAAAUUUUGUCUGAAGCUCAACUUGAUUUGGCUCUUCCACAUUAAUUUCACAUGUCAUGUUUGUUUUGUGAUUCAAAUAUCAUGAUCUUUAUUCUUGAACAACAAUCAACACUACGUCAACUGAUCAAUCAGCAUUCAACAGAGGGGCGGAUUUAUAGGCCAAUAUAUGGGGCACAUGAACUCCGUUAAACUAGGUAUUUUAUGUACAUAUUUUUAGAAAUUUAUCUAAUAUUAUGUGUUGGCACCCUUGGUUGAAUGUUGAGUUAUUUACCUAGAGGAGCAUGAAUCACUUUCCACUUACUACUUUCUUUUUUCUACUUUCUUUAAUGGCGCAUAUUUUAAAAAUUCUUAGAUUCGCCUCUGAUUCACCAAUGCUUUUUCAGGUGAGCUUCCUGAGUGGGGGCCUAAUUUCAUUCUUCUUUUCUCUUUUUAUUUCUGUAACUAGCAGUUAGAUUCUCAGAAGAAGGUACCUUGUAGAAGAUGGAAACUGCAAAUUUGAGCACUAAAAAGCCAAUAUUUUGAAUCUGUGGUGUUCUAACAGCUUGAAUCUCAAGUAAUAUACCAGCUUUUCUCUCUUCGUUGAGAUGAAAUUAGAUUCAUUGAACCUUGAUCAUAUUCAGCAAAAGGAAGAAGAAGAAAAGUUAAAGCUAUAUAGGAAUAUCUUUUUCUUCUUUGGGUUAACCAAACUUGAGAUUUGAGACUUUCUGGUCUCUCUUUGAUUUGAUGGGCCACAUUCAGAUAUGUAUUACUCCGUCCGUUUCAAUUUAUGUGAACCUAUUUCCUUUUUGGUCCGUGCCAAAAAGAAUG